AAGUUUUUGUCGACAUGUGUCAUCAUGUCUGUAUUACAAAAAUGUAGUGAAGUUGUUUAUGUAUAUAAAAAUAAGGCAUGUGUAGUUUUAGAUAUAUCCAAAUUUAAUUUCCAAAACUUUUUUUGCUUAGGAUGUGGGAUAUUUUUUAUAGAGAACUGAUAGAAACAUUAUAUUUCAAACAUCACGGUAAAGAUAAGCAAUAAUGGAGGGGUGACACGAGAGCAAAUAUGUUAUUUUGUUUGCAAUUUGCAUAUAGGCAAAGUUCAAAGUAAAAAUGUCUUUCUAAAUUAGUUGUUCUUGACUGAAGCAUCUCUCUUCUGUACUGUGUAAUAAACAAAGACCUCUCCCUAUCUCUAAAACGUAAUAUGUGGCAGAUUUAGAACCGAUCUCUCUGUAUAAACUUUUUUUUUGUUUUCAUCUUUUUGUACUGAAGAGAGCACACAAAUAUCGGUAAAUUGUAAAUUAAUUGAGGAGAGAGAAAGAGAGAUAACAGAAUCUGUAAAUGGUUGAAACAAAUUGCCCAGAAUCCAGGAAACCCUGAAUGAAAAAAAAAAACUUGGGUAGUAAUUUCUCGGUGGAAAAAAAAGUAAAAUUUAAAAUUUUUAAUUGUGCUUUAUUUUUGGAAAAUCUCAAUCUAUUUCAUGUGCUAGCUAAGUUACCCUUCUUAUAACUCAAAACCAUAACUUGACGGUGCAAAGCUAUCACGGUGUGUUCCCUCCGUCAAUGGACAAAGCUUCUCCUGCAGUAGCUGCUGUACCAUUCAGACCGUUCCCUGAUCCUCAGCUAGAAUUCGCCGGAAUCAGAGGCUACUGCAGCCCUUCGCUGCCGGAAAGUACGUGCUCCUCCGGUGAGGAAUCAACGAAAGAUUCGUCCUUUAUUAAGAUCAACAACAUGAGGCAGGGCUCUACUUCAUCAUCAUCUCGUUUAGCUGACGUUACCGUGGAUAUCUCCGCCGGAGAAGAAAUCAACGGCUCGGAUGAGUUUGCUCCGAGAUCGACGGCUCAGAGCGAGAAGAGAGUAUUGAGCAGAACAGAGAGUAGGAGCUUGUUCGAGUUCAAGAGCGUGCCUUUGUACGGAGUGACUUCGAUCUGCGGAAGACGGCCGGAGAUGGAAGAUUCCGUCUCGGCGAUUCCUAGAUUCCUUCAAGUGUCGCUGCUCGAUUGUGGUCGAGUCGCCAACGGGCUUAAUCCUCACUCGAGUGCUCACUUCUUCGGUGUUUACGACGGACACGGCGGUUCUCAGGUGGCGGAUUAUUGCCGUGAGAGGAUGCAUUUGGCGUUGACGGAGGAGAUAUUGAAGGAGAAGCCGGAGUUCUGCGACGGUGACACGUGGCAAGAGAAGUGGAAGAGAGCUUUGUUCAACUCUUUUAUGAGAGUUGACUUUGAGCUUGACUUUGUCCCCGAAACUGUGGGGUCCACUUCGGUGGUCGCCGUUGUCUUUCCGACGCAUAUCUUCGUCUCUAACUGCGGCGACUCCAGAGCGGUUCUGUGCCGCGGCAAAACGCCUCUCGCGUUAUCCGUCGAUCACAAACCGGAUAGAGAAGAUGAAGCGGCUAGGAUAGAAGCAGCUGGUGGAAAAGUAAUCCAGUGGAACGGGGCUCGUGUUUUCGGUGUGCUCGCCAUGUCAAGAUCUAUUGGCGAUAAAUACCUAAAACCAUCGGUGAUCCCUGAUCCGGACGUGACUUCAAUCCGGCGAGUCAAAGAAGACGACUGUCUCAUCUUAGCAAGUGACGGUCUUUGGGACGUGAUGACCAACGAAGAAGUGUGUGAUAUGGCUCGGAAACGGAUUUUGUUAUGGCACAAGAAGAAUGCCAUGGCGGGGGAUGCUUUGCUGCCGGCGGAGAAAAGAGGAGAAGGAAAAGAUCCGGCGGCAAUGUCGGCGGCAGAGUAUUUGUCGAAGAUGGCUCUGCAAAGAGGAAGCAAAGACAACAUAAGUGUAAUAGUGGUUGAUUUGAAGGGAAUAAGAAAAUUCAAGAGCAAAGCCUUGAAUUGAGUAAGAAGGUUUGGAAGUAAUAAAAGAAAAAAAGUUUUGAUGGUGGGUAAAAUUUCCUUAAAAAUAAAACAAAAACAGGUAAUAACAAUAUUAUUAAUUGUUUGUAAUAUUAAUUUUCUGGUUAGUUUUAUUUAUUUACUUUGCUAUCUUCCCACCAUUAUUUAAUUUUUUUUAACUGACAUGAAUGUGUAUAUAUGAGAUCAUGUAGCUUCCAAACAAAAAUCCCUUGUUAUCGGGGUUAAUUGUAAUAUGAGUAUAUGACUACACUCAUAUGUUAAGAGCUAGUUUUAUUUAUCGGGGUUAAUUAUC